AUGAGUGAAAGAAAAAAAGAAUACCAAGCCACUCGUCUUUUUCGAGAACAUCUUCCAAAAGCGGACACAGAUGCGCAUUAUUUUUCUUUCAUGUAUCGAUUCUUUCCUGCACUUGUUCAGCGCAGUCGUCGUCAAACAAGCCUUGCUUUCUAUUCCUCUUUACGUAGAUCACGUCAACUAGUCACGCAUGAUGCCUUAUACUAUGAAAAACCAACUCCUUCUGCUUCUUCGACCAACACACUUGUUCAAGUACCUAUACAAGAAAACCAAGUCAUCAAGCCUGACUCUACAGGUGCAGCUCUCUUGACACAGUCAGCCCUUGUUGUGGGUCGUGAACUUGAAAUGAUGAAUGUAUUCUUGGGCUAUGAACAAGCCAACAAGUAUCGUAUCAUGGAUCCUCAAGGUAAUCAUAUUGGUUACAUUGCAGAAGAAGAAGGAUUUGCAAAAUCAAUCAGUCGUCAAUUCUUGAGAACACAUCGAAAAAUGAAGGCUACCAUCAUGAACGCACAAGGUGAAGUAGUAUUCAAGAUUGAGCGUCCUUAUUCCUUGGUGAACAGUCGUAUAUUUAUUUAUACAGCGGACGAUGAAUUAGUGGGAGAAGUACAACAACGAUGGCAUUUGAUGAGAAGAAAAUAUGACCUGUUUAUUGGUAAAAAGCAAUUUGCUACCAUUGAUACUCCCUUUUUGGGUUGGGAUUUCAACCUUCAAGAUGAACAAGGUGGUGUAUUGGGCAAUGUGAGUCGUAAUUUUGUGGGGUUUGCCCGAGAAAUCUUUACAGACACAGGUGAAUAUGUGCUCCGUAUGGAUGCUGUUGAAGGCAAUUCAAGAGGCAUGACGUUGGAUGAAAGAGCCGUGACUCUUGCUUGUGCUGUCUCUAUUGAUUUUGAUUAUUUUUCAAGGCACUCUACGCAUGGUGGGGGCGGAUUCUUGCCUUUCCCUAUGUUUGGUUAUGGUGGAGGAGAAAGAGAAGAACAAGUGAAUGAAGAAGCACCUGUCAUGGACGACAAUAAACCCAAUCCUACUGCUUCUGCACCUCCUUCUACGCCUCAAGAUAGCACAACUGAAUGGGGAGACCCUUGGUUAUCUGAUGAAGAAGCAGGUGUCAGUAACCCAGAUGACGGACCUGGAUUUUUUGAUACUCUAAGCGACUUUUUAAAUAAUGAUUAA